AUGUCGAAGAAGAACAGCAAGAAGAACCACCAGAAGAUGCGCAACACGGCGAUGGCGCGGGAGGAGGAGGAGGCUGCGAAGAAAGCCGCGAGGGCCGCCAAGCGCGCGGCGCAAGUGGCGGAGGCGGCGGGCGAGAUGGCGGUCGACGACGCACCGGGGAAGACGUCAGCCUCCAAGGUUGCGAAGAAGAAGGUCUCGCUGGUCAAGGCGCUCGGCGCGAAGGGCGCGACGCUCAAGAGGGUCGGCAAGAAGGGCGUCGCGGAUAAGAAGGGCCUGCAGAAGAUCGUGCGGGGCGUCCGCGUCGGCCACGUCAUGAAGAAGGUGAAGCUCCGCAAGAACGCCACGGUGCGGGGGAUCAAGAUCGUGGACGGCGACACCAAGCGCGCCGUCAUCAACGAGCUCAAAGCCGAGGCGGCCAUGGCGAUGGCACUAGACUGA